UCAUCGUACUAGUGGACUGAAGAGACAAAUUUCCAAUUUUGUGGCCAUGGAGAAUGAAAAAUUUUAUGCUUGUUGGGAGAGAUAUAUGGAGGCUGUCAAUGCUUGUCCUCAUCAUGGUUUUGACACUUGGAUGUUGGUAAGCUACUUUUAUGAAGGUAUGUCACCGGCUAUGAAACAAUUGCUAGAAACCAUGUGUGGAGGAGACUUUAUGAGCAAGAGUCCUGAUGAAGCUAUGGAUUUUCUAAACUAUGUGGCUGAAAUAUCUAGAUCAUGGGAUGAACCUCAUGGAAAAGACUCCAGCAAAGUCAAGCCCCAAAACAAUGCUAAAGGGGGAAUGUACACUUUGAAUGAGGAUGUAGAUGUGCAAGUAAAAAUGGCAACUCUAUCAAGGAGAUUGGAAGAACUUGAAGCAAGAGGAGCUAAUGAAAUCAAAGUGGUUAAUGAUGUUCCAAUGCAAAUUGCUCAAUGCUCCAUAUGUCAAUCCGGUGAACAUCUAGUGAGCGAAUGCCCCACCAUACCAGCUGUUAGAGAAAUGUUUAUGGAGCAAGCUAAUGUUGUUGGAUUUGUUAAACACUCCAACAAUUCUCCAUUUUCAAACACUUAUAAUCCGGGUUGGAGGAAUCAUCCAAAUCUAUCUUGGAAGAGUGGACAAGGACAAUUUUCUUCUAACAUGCAAACUUCUCAACCUCAAGCUUCACCGGUAGAACAAGCUAUAGUGAAUUUGAGUAAAGUGAUGGGGGACUUCAUUGGAGAUCAAAAGAGUAUCAAUACUCAAUUAAAUCAAAGGAUGGAUCAUGUGGAGACAUCUUUCAAUCAGAAAUUUGAUAGCUUGCAAACCAAUCUCACACAAAAAUUUGAUAAUAUGCAGCUUGCUAUUUCCAAACUCACAAGUAUGCAUACGGUGCAAGAAAAAGGAAAAUUCCCUUCACAACCCCAACAAAAUCCAAGGGGAGUUCAUGAAAUUGGAGAAAAAAAUGAAAAUUUGGCUAAGGUAGAUGAAGUGAAGGCAAUCAUUACCUUAAGAGGUGGAAAACAAGUUGAUCAACCUAUGCCAAAACCAAAAGAGAAUAAAGGAGGGGAACAAGAAGAAAAUGAAGGUGACAUGAUCAAGCAAGUUCCUCCCUAUGCCAAGUUCCUCAAAGAUUUAUGUACAAUGAAGAGGGGGCUGAACAUCAACAAGAAAGCUUUCUUAACUGAACAAGAAAAUGCUAAGCCAAUUCGUCAACCUCAAAGGCGAUUGAAUCCUCACAUGCAAGAGGUUGUUCGAAAUGAGGUACUUAAGCUGUUACAAGCUGGAAUUAUCUACUCUAUUUCGGAUAGCACUUGGGUGAGUCCUACUCAAGUUGUACCUAAAAAGUCAGGAGUGACCGUGGUACAAAAUGAAAAGGGAGAAUCUAUUCCUACAAGAUUGACCACGGGAUGGAGAGUGUGUAUUGACUAUCGAAAACUGAAUGCUGUCACAAGAAAGGAUCAUUUUCCUCUUCCAUUCAUGGACCAAGUAUUGGAGAGGGUCUCGGGACAUCCUUAUUAUUGUUUUCUUGAUGGUUACUCUGGUUAUUUUCAGAUUGAGAUUGCCUUGGAAGAUCAAGAGAAGACAACAUUCACUUGCCCUUUUGGUACCUAUGCAUAUAGGAGAAUGCCAUUUGGCUUAUGCAAUGCUCCCGCAACUUUUCAAAGAUGCAUGCUAAGUAUCUUUAGUGACAUGGUAGAGAGAAUCAUGGAAGUUUUCAUGGACGACCUUACCAUCUAUGGUGAGGAUUUUGGAGAUUGUCUCUCAAAUUUGGAAACAAUACUUCAAAGAUGCAUUGAGAAAAAUUUAGUGCUAAAUUGGGAGAAAUGCCACUUUAUGGUAGAAAAAGGCAUUGUCUUAGGUCAUGUUAUCUCAAGGAAAGGGAUCGAAGUGGAUAAAGCAAAGAUAGAGAUAAUUGUGAAUCUACCACCACCAACAAAUGUUAAAGAAGUUAGACAAUUCCUUGGUCAUGCAGGUUUUUAUAGACGUUUCAUCAAGGAUUUCUCUAAGCUAGCAAGACCUAUGUGUGCCUUACUUGCUAAGGAUGCCAAAUUCAAAUGGGAUCAAAAUUGUCAACAUUGCUUUGAAGAGUUGAAGAGACUAUUGACCACUGCACCUAUUGUGAGAAGACCAAAUUGACUGCCUUUUGAAGUUAUGUGUGAUGCAAGUGAUCAAGCAAUGGGAGCAAUUCUAGGGCAAAGAGAUGAGGGGAAACCUUAUGUUAUCUACUAUGCAAGUAAAACUCUUAAUGAGGCACAAAAGAACUACACCACCACUGAAAAAGAGUUGCUUGCGGUUGUCUUUGCAUUAGACAAGUUUAGAGCAUAUCUUGUUGGAGCUCCUAUAGUGAUCUUCACCGACCAUUCAGCUUUGAAAUAUUUAGUCAACAAGAAAGACUCUAAAGCAAGACUAAUUCGUUGGAUUUUACUUCUUCAAGAAUUCAAUCUUGAAAUAAAGGAUAAGAAAGGUGUAGAGAAUGUGGUAGCUGACCACCUAUCCCGAAUUUCUGUGGAACACAUUCCGGAAAGCCCCCCCAUCAAUGAAGAAUUUCCUGAUGAUGCUCUUUUGAAAGUAGACACCAAUCCAUGGUAUGCUCAUAUUGCAAAUUAUCUAGUCACUAGAGAACUACCUAAGGAAUGGACUAUUCAAGAGAGAAGAUUUUUCUUAUCCAAGGUGCAUGCAUACUAUUGGGAGGAACCAUUUUUGUACAAGUAUUGUGCUGAUCAACUCAUUAGGAAGUGUGUACCGGAAGAAGAAACAAGCGGACAAGUGGAGUUAGCUAACCGUGAGAUCAAGAACAUCCUGAUGAAAGUGGUGAAUGCAAACCGCAAGGAUUGGGCACUAAGACUUCAAGAUGCACUUUGGGCUUACCGAACUGCCUACAAAACAAUUCUUGGAAUGUCACCAUAUAGGUUGGUUUUUGGUAAGGCAUGUCAUCUACCAGUGGAAAUGGAGUAUAAAGCAUGGUGGGCCAUAAAGAAAUUGAAUUUUGAUAUGCAAAGAGCUGGGUUGAAGAGAUUCCUAGAUUUGAAUGAGUUAGAAGAAAUGAGGAACGAAGCCUACAUGAAUUCAAAAAUUUCUAAGGACAAACUCAAAAGAUGGCAUGAUCAAAUUGUCCUUAGAAAAGAGUUUCAAGAGGGACAAAAGGUGCUCCUAUAUGAUUCAAAAUUGCACAUCUUUCCGGGAAAGCUCAAAUCUCGAUGGAAUGGCCCAUACUUGGUUCAUAAAGCGUAUUCGAAUGGGAUGGGAAAUCAAAAACGAAAAUCAUUAGACAUUGAGGAAGAAUUUGUGGUGAUGAAUGACGGAAAUGACGAAGACACCGAUCCCGAAUCACCUCCGGGAUUUUCCCUCUCUGAACCUCCCAUUUCUGGACAUCGAAAUCAGAGGAAUGCCGCAAGAUCUUCAAUGGAUAAAGGAAAAUCAAAGAUGGUUGCUACUCCUGGAAAAUUACCGCAACAUGCUGUAGUUCAGUCCACUGUUGCUAAAGCCCCUGCUCCUACUCCGGUUACAAAAUCUGCACCUCCACCAAGCCGACCACCUCAGUUCCACUUCACGAAAGCACCGAAGAAGAAAUUAGCCACUGGUGCAAGGGAGGACUGCUCAGAUAGAAAAUUUCAUGAAGAAUGUUACUAUGAUUUCAAGGCUUUUGCUGCAUCAUCUCUUACUAAAUUCUCCACGGAGCUUUGUUGUCGAUAUUUUUUGGAGCCAUUCAUGGUGCCUAGACCAUUCUUCUAUCCUCGCAUAAUUCGGGAAUUUUACCGCACCAUGACCAGCAGAGGAGUAUAUCCACCUUCAGUGAUUUAUUUCGAAAUUGAUGGGAGACAAGGUAUGCUGAAUUCUGAAAUGGUAGCAAGAGCUUUGGAUAUUCCUUUCACACCUCCAAAUCCAGCUGAGUUUCAACCUAUUACUCGAAUUGAGGCUGCUGAGAUGGUCCGGAUUGUACAUCUAAAGCAAUUGCAAAGAGCCAAGAAAUAUCCAUUAUUCUUCCCGCGCAUGUUGGGCACCAUAUUGGAGUACUAUGGCUUCCCUACUGAACCUGAUAAAGAAAAGAAGCAUCAUUGUAGGGAAGUCUAUACUGUUUCCAGAUGGCAAGGUAGUGUGACCAAAACCGAGUCCACUCUCACAAGUGCCUCAUUGACCACUGAUAAUGAACAUCAUUAUGUGCCUCCUCCGAAUCUGAUCCUUGAAGAUUUUGGUGAUGGAGAAGAUACACCCCCAAGAUCACCAGCUGCAACCACACCAGGAGCUACUUCUACUCCCCAAAAUCCGGAUUCAGCUGCACAUAUUUUGGCUAGUCUUUCUUCUACCCCAAACAUAGGUCCAUCAGCUUCUGAUGGCUAUGUCCAUAUAUCAGCUGAAGCAUUCAAUCAACUCUUAGCUCGCUUGGAUAUGAUUCAAGAAAAUCAAGCAAACAUCCAGCUCACUCAGAGGCAACUUGUCCAAAGAGUUGAUGAACUUACCAUGGCUGUCCAACAAUGGAAUUCUUCUUCUGAGAAGCCAGCUAGUGUUCAUGAUGCUCCUCCUCUGUCCGUCCCACCUACACAAGAGACAAAUUCCACAACAAGGGAGUCCACAGUACCCACCACCAUUUUGACACCUUCCGAGAUCACCCCCUCCCAUCCAUCUCAUGCUUGA